UUGCUCAAUCACAGUAAUAUACUGAGCACAGUCAUUCUAUUUUAUAGAGGGGAAAUUAGGGUUAAGAAAGGCUACCACAAGGAGGUGUUGUUUUGUAGCUUGAAUAUGAAAACCAGUCAGAACAAGUCAAAGAACGGCAACACCCAUCCUGCUGUACUCCUUUACCCAACGCCACAUACAUUGUUCAGUGUGUUUGUUUGCUGUAGAGAGGUGUGUCAAUAGCACAGAAUACAUUUGUAGAAUUUUGCCUUUAUGUGGUCCAAGAAUGUGAAGCCUGAUGCUCUCUCUCGCCUGUAUAGUUCUGCUGCCACACCUUCUGACUCUGAGACCAUUCUCCCUACCUCAUUGGAGCUCAGUGGAGAGGGGAAACCUGGAGAGAGAGAGAGAGAGAGGGGAAAGAAACCUUUUACACAUUACAUUCACACAGAAACAGUUCUGCUGCCACACCUUCUGACUCUGAGACCAUUCUCCCUACCUCAUUGGAGCUCAGUGGAGAGGGGAAACCUGGAGAGAGAGAGAGAGAGAGGGGAAAGAAACCUUUUACACAUUACAUUCACACAGAAACAGCCUAAUGUGGUUUAAUGGAUAACUUUGUCAGAGACAAAUUAACUGAAUGGAACUUCAGUGAGUAUAUUGACAGAUUCAAAGAUGAAGAAAUUGACAAGGAGAGUUUCCUGCUCCUAGAUGAAAAAGCCUUUGCCAACUUGAUUCCAAAACUUGGUCCAAGGUACAAAUUUCAAGAGAAACACAAGGCGAUACAAAAGGAGUUAGAAAAUGAUGGGACAGCAACUGGCAGCCAAGUUCAAACAUCCUCCACAAUGGCAUGGGCUUCCUUGGACCAGGCGGCAGCUCCCAGCAUUAGUCCACAAGGCAAAAUAAAACAUCCUCCUACCUUCCCUUCAACCAGUACACCACCAAAGCAACUGUGUUUCUCCAAACCUACACAACCAACCUCUAAAUUCGAGAGACAAGCCAUGGAGGCAGCAGAGACGUGUGUGACACAAGUCCUUGACAAACUCAAAACUCUUCCCAAGAAGGAAUUCAUUGACUACCUCAAGGGUAAAAUGACAAAGUUAAGGACAGGUGUUAAAAACAAAGUCUUAGUUGGAAUAUUUGGGAAGACAGGAGCUGGUAAGAGCUCUUUGAUAAAUGCCAUCUUGGGUGAGCAGAAUUUUCUGCCCAAUGGUGCAAACAUCAGCGCGUGUACCUCAGUCAUGAUCCAAGUGGAGGCCAACAUGACUAACUACAGUUACGAGGCAGAAAUUGAAUUCAUUUCAAAAGAGGAAUGGGAAAAUGAUUUAAAAUCUCACCUGGAUAUCAUGUCAGAUGAAAAUGACAACAAAAAUGAAGAAUUAGUCAAGGUGGCAACUGCAAAAAUUCAGGCCUUUUACGGAAAAGAUGGAGUUGGGAAAAGCUUAAAUGACCUGAUGAAAGGGGAGCAUUUCCGAGAAAUUCCAGAAUUUCUAUCACCAACAAACAUUGUUAAGAAGAUUUCAUGUGGCACGGCAUCAGAGCUUUCUGGAAAGAUUGCCUGUUACACAAGGAGUGAUAAUAAGAUGGCAGCAAAACACUACUGGCCACUUGUGAAGUGUGUGACAAUUAAGGUGCCCAACACCAAAGAGCUUCUGGAACACAUUGUGCUGUUGGAUCUUCCUGGAACUGGGGACUGCAACAAGACCAGAGAUGAUAUGUGGAAAUCGCAUUUAAGUCAGUGCUCGUCUGUGUGGAUCGUGAAUGACAUCCAACGGGCCGCCUCUGAAAGAGAGCCAUGGAUGAUUUUGGAAAGCAGCUUCAGUUAUCUGAUACAAGGAGGAGAAUGUGAGAAUAUCACCUUCAUCUGCACCAAGACAGAUGCCAUCAACCCUAAGAACUACCUGGGAUCACCAGGUUUAAAGAACAGUGAACUGCACCUCGACCUGGAAAAGAAAGGAGCAGCUGAGCGGAAACGAGGCUGCAUCCAGCACAGAAAUGAACAAGCUAAGAUAAUGUUGGGAGAGAGGUUCAACGACGAAGUUGUGAAAAAGAAACCUUUCAUUCAAAUGGAAAACAUCUUCCAAGUGUUUACAGUGAGUGCUGAGGAAUUUCAGAAUGAUGAGAAUCCCAUUCUGGAACAAGAACAGACAGAGAUACCACAACUCAAACAAGUUCUGGAGGAUAUGAAUGAGAGACACUCAAAGACUGCAGUUAAAGACUAUGUAUCUGGAGUCUAUGGGAUCCUCUCUUUGAUCAAAGCGGCCAACUCCAACGACUCGACGAUGGUUGAGAUGAAAUCAAACAUGUACCAACUGCUAAAGGAUUCACUGAAGAAGCAGAUUUCUACCAUCACAUCCCUCAUGACAAAACAUUACAACGACCUUCAAAAACUCCUGUCAGAGGGAGUUGCCAAGUCAGAAAAAUCAUGCUUGCAGAUUGCCAACGACAAAGUAAUCACACCAAAGGCAAGGAAGGAUGGCAGAGGAUACCAUCGUACAUUGUCAUCUUUAUGCAGGAAUAAUGGGUUCUGUAGGUCAACAAAUGGAGACAUCACAGACCUCAACAAAACGUUGGCUGAAUCUAUGUACACUGCCAUAAAUGAGAAAUUUGCUGUAAUUUUCCCAAAUGCUGGAACAACAGGAGAAUCAAUCUAUGAGAAGAUCUGCAACUUCAGCAUCAUCUCAGACAACAUGGCCAAGGAGUGGGAGAACACCCCCAUGUCUCUGUAUCUGAUGUUUCUCACCACCGAGGAAAAUGUUUUGAAGGAUAAACUAAAACGAGAUGUCCUCCUGAAGAAGAAAGUGAUUUAUGAAUCUCUGACUGACGAAGUCAAGAUCAUAAUGUGCCCAUGUUAUGAGGAGGCUUCAAACAUAUCUGGAAAGGGAACCUUGACGAAGACUCGGGAACUGCUGGUCCAGCACAUCGACUCAUCGAAAAACAUGUUUGCCAAUGCUCAGAAAAAGAUGUUGGAAGGUUUUGAGAACCUAAUGGAAUACAUAGAGCAGACGCUGAGAACCGAACUACUGGAGUCAUUGAAUCGAUCCCUGAAGACCCCUAACAGUUUAUCUCUCCCAGAUGUCAGUGAGCAGUUGAAAAACAUGGAGACCUACAAGAUGUUGGCUCUAAGAGAUCGCACAAGCCAAAUCUGACUGUUGAGAAGAGUCGUAAAGCAGAAGUAGUGACAUGAUGGUAAACCAUUCAAAACCCUUGGCUAUAAAAAUGUAUCACAUUUUCAGUAGCUUAUUUAUCAGUAGUUGUUUGUAUCAGAAGUUUUGCCGUAGUUAUUAAUGUUAUGUUUGCUGACGUGAUGAACGUGGUAUAAGCAGGAUAAACAUUUAUGGUCUAUCAGUGCUCUGAUAAAAAUGCAGCUUUGCAUAAGAUGCGCCAUGAUGCUCAGAGAACUCAUAGCUCCUAGGUGUUGAUUCCUUACAUAUUCUAUACUCAAUGUGUUGAUCCCUGACAUAUUCUAUACUCAAUGUGUUGAUCCCUGACAUAUUCUAUACUCAAUGUGUUGAUCCCUGACAUAUUCUAUACUCAAUGUGUUGAUCCCUGACAUAUUCUAUACUCAAUGUGUUGAUCCCUGACAUAUUCUAUACUCAAUGUGUUGAUCCCUGACAUAUUCUAUACUCAAUGUGUUGAUCCCUUACAUAUUCUAUACUCAAUGUGUUGAUCCCUUACAUAUUCUAUACUCAAUGUGUUGAUCCCUUACAUAUUAUAUACUCAAUGUGUUGAUCCCUUACAUAUUCUAUACUCAAUGUGUUGAUCCCUGACAUAUUCUAUACUCAAUGUGUUGAUCCCUUACAUAUUCUAUACUCAAUGUGUUGAUCCCUUACAUAUUCUAUACUCAAUGUGUUGAUUCCUUACAUAUUCUAUACUCAAUGUGUUGAUCCCUUACAUAUUCUAUACUCAAUGUGUUGAUCCCUGACAUAUUCUAUACUCAAUGUGUUGAUCCCUUACAUAUUCUAUACUCAAUGUGUUGAUCCCUGACAUAUUCUAUACUCAAUGUGUUGAUCCCUUACAUAUUCUAUACUCAAUGUGUUGAUCCCUGACAUAUUCUAUACUCAAUGUGUUGAUCCCUGACAUAUUCUAUACUCAAUGUGUUGAUCCCUUACAUAUUCUAUACUCAAUGUGUUGAUCCCUGACAUAUUCUAUACUCAAUGUGUUGAUCCCUUACAUAUUCUAUACUCAAUGU